AUGACGGUUAGCCCGAAAUCUUUUCCCGGAACACAACUUCCUUCCUCUUCAUAUUCAUCUUUGGAUUUUCGUUUUUCUCUCAAAUCUUUGUUCAACAUUGUUGGUCUGCUCACCCUCGUUGCUCCUCAAGCCAACAGUGGUUUGCUCGAUGUCGUUGGUGCUCCGCUGUACUCUGCUCGUUCUUGGCAUUGUUGGAUCUACUUUGCUGACCCUACUUAUGCUAGAUUUGUUCUUCUCAUUGCUUCGUUGCUACAUAUGCUCUGUUCGUCGUCACCGUUGCUGGAUUUGCUUCGCUUGUCGCCGCCACUGUUGGAUUUACUAUGCUCGUCGUCGCCGCUGCUGGAUCAGCUAUGUUCAUCGCCGUUGUUGCUAGAUCUGAUCCUCUCAUCAUCAUCAUCGUCACUGGAUUUGCUUGUUCGUCGUCACUGGAUCUACUCGUUCGUCAUCACCACUGGAUCUGCUUUGUUCGUCGUCCCUACUCUGCCUGUCGUUGCUGCUCUGUUCGAUGUCGUUGUUGUUCCAUUCGACAUCGCUGCUACUCUGUUCAACGUCAUUGCUGCUUUUUUCAUCAUAAGUGCUAUAAUUUUUCCCUCCACUUUGCUAAUUCUUAGUUUCCACUCACUCACUGUCCAAAUUAAACCCUAUUUCCAUCAGGGCUUCCUCUUCUGGACUCCAUCACCACUGAUUGUGAAACCCUUCACACCGUCCAUCAUCAAUCGCACACCGUCUCACGGCCAUCGACUUACCACCGUGCUCGUCGCGCCGUCAUCACUUCCGGUGGUCGUCGCGCUGUCAUCACUUCCCGUGGUCGUCACGCGAUUCACCCUCGUUGUCGAGCCGUAUCAGUUCACCUUCGUCGUCGCCCCGUCGUCAGUUCUCUUCGUCGCCGCGCCGUCAUCGGUUCACUUUCAUCGUCGCGCAGUCAUCGGCGUGUCUAUGUUCUCUGGGAAAAUGGAUCCUUAUGUGAUUCUCACUUAUCGCAAUCAGGAGCACCGAAGCACUGUGGCUAAAGGUGCAGGGUCUAAACCCCAUUGGAAUGAAAGCUUUCUUUUCACUAUUUGUGACAGUGCCACUGAACUUAAUCUGAGGCUAAUGGACAAGGAUACGUUUACUAGUGAUGAUUUCCUUGGCGAGACAAGAAUUAAUCUGGAAGGCGUGUUGAAUGUGGGGAGCAUUCCAGAAACUUCUUACAAUGUUGUGAAGAACCAAAACUACUGUGGGGAGCUUAAAGUGGCACUCACCUUUAAUCCUGAGAUAUGCUACUGACAAGAAUUAAGGCGUGUGAGAUAAGUGGAUGAAGGAUUCAGGAAAUUACUAGCAUCUGAAGUCACAUUAUCUUCCCUUUUCCCAUAAUAAAGUUGUUCAAAAUUACAUUAUAAUUGGCUUUGUGUUGGUAUGAUUCUAUUUUCAUCUCAAACUUCAAUUCUAUUAAA